AUGGCUUCCCCAGCGAGCACACCCGAGCGCGACCCGCUGGACGCGCUGCGCAGCGAGUUCGUGAUCCCGACGAACCGCGCGAUGAAGGCGACAGCGGUCGCCCCCGAGCUCGCGGACGCGCCGUGCACGUACCUGUGCGGGAACUCGCUCGGCGUGCUCCCCCGCCGCGCCCGCGCGCUCGUCGACGAGGAGAUGGAGGUGUGGGCGACGCGGGGCGUAGAGGGCCACUUUGACCACCCGCACGGGCGCGACUGGGUGCGCAUCGCGGACCUCGCGCACCCGAUGCUCGCCGAGCUCGUCGGCGCGCAGGAGGCGGAGGUCGCGUGCAUGGGCACGCUCACCGCGAACCUGCACCUCAUGCUCAGCACGUUCUACAAGCCUACGGCGGAGCGCUACAAGAUCCUCUGCGAGGCGCGCGCGUUCCCCUCCGACCAGUACGCGCUCGCCUCGCAGGUGCGCGCGCGCGGGCUGGACCCCGCGGACGCGAUCAUCGAGCUCGCGCCGGCGGCGGGGGAGCACACGCUGCGCGAGGACGCGAUCCUGGGCGCGAUCGCGCGCGCGGGGCCCGCGCUCGCGCUCGUGCUCUUCAGCGGCGUGCAGUACUACACCGGCCAGCUGUUCCCGAUCGCGCGCAUCACGCGGGCCGCGCGGGCGCAGGGCUGCGUGUGCGGGUGGGACCUCGCGCACGCGGUCGGGAACGUCCCGCUCGCGCUGCACGCGUGGGGCGUCGACUUUGCGGUGUGGUGCUCGUACAAGUACCUCAACGCGGGCCCGGGCGGGAUCGGCGGGAUAUUCGUGCACGAGCGGUGGGCGGACGAGCCCGUGCGACACGCGGGGUGGUGGGGCCACGACGCGGCGACGCGGUUCGAGAUGCCGCCGCGGUUCGCGGCGAUGCGCGGCGCGCAGGGGUUCCAGCAGUCGAACCCGUCCGUGCUCGCGACGGCGGCGCUGCUCGGCUCGCUGGAGGUGUUUCGCGCGGCGGGCGGGAUGGGCCCGCUGCGCGCGCGCUCGGUGGCGCUGACGGCGCGGCUGUUUGCGCUGCUGCGCGCGAGCCGGUUCUUUGUGCCGCUGGUGCCGCCCGGGCAGGAGACGGCGAGGGAAAGGGUGGGGGUGACAGUGAUCACGCCGGAGGACCCGGAGGGGCGCGGGGCGCAGCUGUCGCUCGUGUUCCUGCCCGCGGGGCGCGGGGUGAUGGGGCGGGUGAUGGGCGGGCUCGCUGCGCGCGGGGUGGUGGGGGACUCGCGGAAGCCGGACGUGAUACGGCUGGCGCCGUGCCCGCUGUACAAUACGUUCGAGGACGUCGAGCGGGCCGUGCGGGUGCUGGACGAGGUGUUGGAGGAGGUCGAGAGGGAGGGCUCGACGGGGGGCGCGGACGAGGGGGAAAGAAAGCCCGAAUGA